CGCCGCCUCCCAUCGGCGUCCAGCCGUCGGACUCCCGUCUCGUCUCCUCCGUGUUCGCCCGCCGCCUGCGCCGAUCUCCCGCGAGCAGAAGGGGCGCCGUCGUCCUGCUGUUUCCCCGCCGCAUCCUCACCGAAAGUUUGGGGUUUCAACUGAACCCCCUAUGUCCCACGUUGAAUCCGCCCCUGGUGCAGAUGAUCUGGCCCCAGUACUUGAAAAUCUCAUCGCAUCAUGGGAUGAUUCUACAUGUUCUGGCGUAUCGCACUGCAUGCUACACAAGUCAAUUUUACAGGAUGCUUUUAAAUACUCACAUUUAGAUACAACCAAUUGCUUGGGGCCAUUUCUUACUUUUGGUGCGAAGGCUGGCUCAUGGUGUGUGAGGCAUCUCCUGUGGUCUGUUGAAUCGAUUGACGAAUCUGAAGUUGCCCAAGAGGAAGAGCACUCCAGAUUAUUUCCUGAGAUAAUUGCACUGACCUUAGAUAUAUCUGCCAAUCUCCUUCCCGUUGCAUCUAAAUGCAUUGCCAAAGAUACAGUGCAUGCUGUUGGCGAUUUUAUUUUGGAGCUACUAACCCUGACAGAAAGCUCAAUACUUGACAACAAGAAACUCGGAUCUACAGGACAUGUUGCUAAGGCUGCACCUGUUUUUCUAGAUGAAACAAUUAAACUGUGCAGAGGGUGCUUUGAGGCUGCAAAAUCAGAUCAGUGCAUAAUGAGCAUGCCUAAAGAAGAGAUAAUUGUGGAACACAAAGAGCCAGAUCUUGUUAGCAACGUGGCCCAGAUUACAGCAUGCACUAUUCAAUCCUUGUGUAAAAUAGGAACCUAUGCAGCAUCCAGUGGUGGGAGCCAGGUGAUUUUACUGAAUAUAUCAUGGAAGGGCAUAAUUUCCUUACUACAGCUUGGUAAAGGAACGAUAGAAGGAAAAGUGAAUGUAAGAGAGAUCAUUUUAAUUCCUAUCUCCAUUGCCAUUGAAUCUCUGAGGAUUGCUACUGAGACAUGGUGUGUGCCAUUACAAGAAGUCCUUGGUACCACUGAAGCUAGAAGGGCAUUCUUACCAAUCAAAUAUUUCCUAAUGAACGCCGUAAGGAUUUGUUCAAUAUAUCCAUCCGAAGCAAUGGCAAUAUACAAGAACAUAAUUAGGUGUGCACUGGUGAUUUCAUACUCAAGCAUUCUAUUCUGCAGAAAUCCCCAGUUGAAAGCAGCAAGUGAAUUAGUUUUUGAGUUACUGGAGCCUAGUUCCUUUCUUCUGCUAGACACACUUAUGAAGUCACCAGAAGUAAGUCCAGAGUCCAAAUGCCAGCUUGUGGAGUACUUGUUAGAAAAGGUAGAAACUAAUAAUCCAGAGAACACAGGACAAGUUGAUCAUAGAAUGAAUUUUGCUUCAUUGGGUUGCAUUUUUUCUGUGGAUUCUGAUGGUGAUAAUAUAAACAGGGCACUUUUACCUGCUGAAUUUACUGUCUUUUUGCACCUCCUCAAUGCUUCCCCAUGGUUGACAGAAGAGGUGGUCAUUGAAUUAUGUAAGAAGCUACAUCCGCUUCUAAAUAUCUUAAUAUUAGAAGAUGUUUACUCAUACGUCCUUGGCUGCCAAAUUCCUGCCCUAAGUGGUGCUGAAGAUGCUCCUGGAGUUGUCUGGCAACCUAUAUAUACUUCUCUUAUACAAGCCUUGAAGACUUUUAUGAUUGCUGCUUCUGCUUCAAGUGCUGCUUGGAGUGACUUUGAAGUCUUCUUACUUGAGAACCUUUUCCAUCCCCAUUUCCUUUGCUUGGGAAUUCUAACAGAGCUAUGGUGUUUCUUCGUGCAUUAUGCUGAAACUGAAGCUUCGACCUAUUUGAUCAAUCAGCUACUUAUUCUGUUAAAGACUCUAGCAUCACCGGAUGAAGUUUUUGCACCUCUCAGUUCUCUGAGGAAGCUUGCACGUGCAUUGUGUACCAUCUUGAGCUAUGCAUCGCCUGCGACCAUUGAUCAAAUUUAUACCUGUGCGCUGAAUGAUAACUCUUACGAGUCAUCAAUCCUGUACUUAGCACUAUUGAUGGAAGGAUUUCCUUUUGAGUCAUUAUCUGUUGGUACAAAGGAACUUGCUUUGAAGACACUGUUCACUGCAUUUGCUGGGUAUCUACAGAAACAGAACUAUUUGAAUAAUCAUGGAGAAAUUGACUUGCCAACUUCUUCUAGCUCGGGUGUAGUAGGGCUUCCUGUACAUGCUCUAGCCUCUGCGUUGCAGAGUUGUGAAAUAAAGGACACAAUUACUGUAAAUGAAAAAAGUAUUGCUACUAUAUUCAAGAUCGCAAUCUCUCUCAUUAAUAUGUAUAGAACUUCACCUGAUGGCAGUAAGAACCUCCUUGUCCAGCACAUCAGUUCCAUAUUAGUUAUUAUUACACACAUGAGGCAUCUUUGUGCGUUCAGUGAGCUGGAAAAGUUAACUUUGGAGCUGCACACACUGUUCAUGUCUGGUCCUGAUAAUUCAAUUGCAGCAAUCUCUCAAUGCAAACCAUCAAUGGCUUCAUUUAUGGCAAUUCUUGGUCAUUUGAACACUACUGAAGAUGACGCUAACAUACUUUGUUCUGCAAUGUGGGAUCUAUUCCAUUUCUUGCUGAGGGAGCGCCAUUGGGCACUCAUUCACCUUGUAGUGGGCUCCUUUGGGUACUUUGCUGCUCGCACAUCUUUUGCACAACUCUGGAAAUUUGUUCCUGAAGAUGCCGCCCUUUCCUAUAACACUAGCACGGGGGUGGACAUAGAUGAAAACGGGUUUAUGUUGGAAUUAAAAGCCUUCCUUGAAAAAGAGGUAGCCUUGAAAGAUGACAAAUGGUCCGAGGAGCAAAUGUGUUAUCUAGUUUCAGAGGGGAAGAUGCUGAAGAAACUGGUUGAAUCAUGCCUUGAAAUUCCACUAGCUCCAGAGCCUGAGAAAAUUUUGAUUACCAAUGAUGUGAGGAAAACAAGGAAGAGGAAGAUGCCGGAUGGAAUUUGUGAAGGAAUGACGCUUGUACAGAACGGUCUCAAGAUCAUGCGGGGCGCUCUCAGUGAAACAGACUUGGGGGAGCUGAAGGACAGGUUUGCUAUACACUUGUCGCGCCUUGAGGACGCAGUUUCUCACAUUGCUAGUUUCUCUGAUAAUAUCUGAAAAAUUCACUGUAAA